AUGAUGAGACUUCCGAGCGUCGCAGGUGCAGUACUUCUACUGCUACUGAGGGCGGUUCCAAUCGUGUAUGUGCAGUCAGCAUCGUCUUGCACCGCAGUUCCUGCCGUUGCCUCAUGCGUAUCCUCAAUCACAUCACUCAUCAGCCGCACAGCAUCCGUGUCGAAAUUUUGUUCUUCGGUCUUGGAAUGCCCGCUACCGACAACCACGACUCUAGUUGGCACCGUCUCAACGACAACAACCAAAACGCAAACGUCUACUUACACUCUUGAAGAAAUAGUAGGUAGCGGCACUGAAACAACUACGACAUCCACGUUCUCUUACACGGUAACAACUUCGUUCGUUACGUACACCAAUGUCGAAUACUAUCCGAUUAUCACAACCGAAGUGUCAUUUCUGACUAGCACUGUCACAGUAAGUCGCGAAUCGCAGAGUCCCCGGCAUUGUUGCCUUAUGAUCGUUUCUGACAUUGACUUCGGGAUAUUCCAGCAAGCGGAAAUUGCGACCCAAACACGAAAGAUCAAAUGCACCCCUUCAGCCAGCGACCCUUCUUUCUACCUCCUAGCAACCGUUGCGCCGGUCCCAACACCGGUACCAGUGUACAACAGCAAAUACGUGCUCGCGAACCCGCAGUUCGAAUUGUUCACAGAGAACGGCGUAUUGUUCGAGCCGCAGUAUACUCCGGACAAGGGCACCGCCAGCAUCUUCAUCCUCGAUAGCAAAGGCCGCAUCGUCACGCAAACAUCCUACGGCGAUCACUUCUUCGCCAGCGAUGACUAUAAUGACUUCGAGCUGAUGCACAUCCUGCCCCGUGGAUGGAUCCAGGCGCGCAGAGGUCAUAAUGGCGAGGACGCCGGAUUCGACUAUGUCUAUUGCACGAUGCAGCGUCCGUCGGGGCGAUAUGUUGGUGGAUUCAAGGAGUUGGCAUGCACGCAGGGGUACUUCCAUGCGACGGUCUUGCAGUAUUGUCCGUUAUAUGACGAGUAUUUCCACACAGGAACGGUGCUUGGGGCGGAGUACAGUGCUACAACUCCUGAUUGUCUGCUGGUGACAUAUCUGGUGGUUCCCGUCUGCUGA